AUGGAUACUAAUAUGCUUAUCGAUCUUGUCCACGAGGUGCAGGACCAGCUCUGGGUCGAUAAGGUGAAUGAGACCCACAGAACGGGUCGUCUCUGCGAGUGGGUGUCUACUUUCCAUCCCGAUAGACUCCCCUGUGUACUUGACGGUACCUUUCACAAUGGUGCAUUUAAUGCCGGUGUAAAAAUGGUCUUUAGUGACAAUACGGCCUGGAUGGUUCGUUUCCCUCGCGCAGGGAUGGUCUGUGAUGACUACGCCAAUGAAAAGGUUGCAAUGGAGGUAUCAGCAUUAGGCCUUAUCCGCGAUAGAACUACUAUACCCGUCCCGAUAGUCCAAGCGUGGGGUCCCGCAAUCAGUAACCCACUGGGUCUUGGUCCAUUCAUUAUGAUGGACUUUAUUAAUGGUGUGAGCCUUAGCGAUCUUUUCCAGGACCCCAAUGCCACGUGCCCCGGCAGAGUAAUAAGAGAGGAUAUCAGUGAUUGCGAUAUUGAAUUUAUCUAUAAACAAUUGGCAAAUUUUCUCCUUCAGAUCUUUAAGCUCGAUUUUGAUCAGAUUGGCAGUCUACCACCACCCCAGGCUAAUGUCCAUAUCCCUACACUACCACGGCCGCUAACAUUCAAGGCACAUUGCAUUUUACAGAACGGAGGAAUUAACACUUUUGGUGACCGAUCCCAGGGGUUUACAACGACGACCGAUUAUUUUCAGUAUAUUCUUGACCAGGACUGGGAACAGCUUGUUCACCAGCCAAACUCGACCUUUGGUAAAUACGAUGCUAAGGGUAAAUACGUGGCGUUUAAGACCCUUAAAACCUUGAUACCUGACUUGGUCCACCCGAAGUAUAACUAUGGCAAAUUUAAAUUGAUUUGCGAUGAUCUUGGCUUGGCAAAUCUAAUUAUUCGGGGUAAAGAAGAUCUUACUGUUGUUGGGGUAGUAGACCUUGAGUGGUCAUAUAUUGGACCCGCCCAGCUAUUUGGCUCAGCACCGUGGUGGCUUCUCCAAGAUAGACCUGUUAAUAGUGCAUGGGACUGCGAGGGUGAUGAGCUACCUAAGAUUGCCUCUCGGUACUUGAAGUACCUUGAUAUCUUUAUAUAUAUCUUGGAGGAGGAAGAGGUAAAAAUGCCAGGCUAUGAGGAGAGAGAGCUCUCUAGUCUUGUUAAGUGGUCACAAGCUUCUGGAGCCAUGUGGUUGCAUAUGCUCCUCUUAUCUGGCUUUAACGACUAUUGCAGUUUUCCAUUUACAAAGCUCUGUCAACAUUUGGGAGCUGCUGAGUGGGCGAAGCGUGAGAAGGAAUAUGAACAGGCAGAAGACCUUGAGGGAUUCGCAUCGCGGAAGGUCAAGGAGUUGAAGAAGUAUGAUGAAGCCUUGGAGAAGAUAGAGGAAAACAAAGCGCUUAUGGAUAGCGGGAAGAUGACGAAGGAAGAAUUCAUUGCCAAAGCUCUAAUGGAACCAUGGUAUUCCCUAUCGUCUGCGGCGCACGAUGAAAUGACGAAUGACGAAUGA